AUGGACGUGAGGGCGUUCGAAUACCAACAUUUCCGUAUUAACAAAUUCUUUGGACAAAUAAUCGGGAUAUGGCCUGGUCAGAGUAAACUUUCGAGAAAAGUGGCAAUAUUCACUAUGUAUACCGUUAUAAUAACAGCAGUCGGUGUACAGAUAACAAAUGUAUCGAACAACUACACGUUCAAAAACUUAACAGAUCAACUUCCUUACGUGCUUCUGGGUGUAAGUAUGUGUGUAAAGUAUUCCAACUACGUCAUCAAUUCGACUAAGUUAAAGGAUCUUCUGCAUAGUAUUAUACAAGAUUGGCAAGUUGAAAGGUCACAAGUGGAGGUGGUAAUUUUGGAAUUAUAUUCACGAAAAGCAGUAACGUUGUCGUUGAUAUACGCAGUGACUAUAUGUUUCACGGCGUUGAUGUUCGCCAUUUUGCCGGCUAUGCCGCGCGUCCUGGAUAUUUUUCUACCUCUGAACGAAUCGCGAGACCGUGUGCUCAUAUUUCCAGCGUACUAUUACGUGGACCAGGAUAAAUAUUAUUAUUUUAUAAUCGCGCACGAGAUCAUGGGUGCGAUGGCAAUCGCUUUAAUAUUUAGCGGCUGCGAUGUGAACUUGAUUUGGUAUCGUUUCCAACACGCAUUGGGCGAGAAAUGCACUUACUAUGAGGAGAGCGGACGUGCAGUGAAGGCUAAAGAUUACGUGAAUGUAGCAGACGUGGAAAUGACUCUUCAGUACUUUACGUUUUGUGUGUUCAUGGUAGCCCAAGUAAUUCAUGUUCUUUUUUUCUGCUUGAUGGGACAGUGGAUUACCGACGCGACUGAAGAAAGCUAUGACAAGAUAUACGAAUCGUACUGGCAUAACGGUUCAACAAGGACACAAUUAUUGUACAUAAUGGUAUUGCGAAGAAGUCUGAUGCCUCCAGGAAUAAAAGCUGGAGGAUUGCUUCUGAUGAACUUGAAUACCUUUGUACAGCUGCUAAAAGCAUCCUUUUCUUAUUACACGGUAUUGCAGACCCAUGAUGAACUGCUUUAAAUGUAGAAGAUCCAAUAAUUUUUAUUACAUACAGUUGAUAUUAUGUAUUACAUACGUAUACGAACAUAAUGUCCACUUAAAAUUAUUAAUUUAAU